AUAAUCUCUCCCCCUUGACAGAGAACUGAGAGAAGUUUAAAAUCCAAAUGAAGUAAUGAAGUGAUUAGGGGCAAAAACAGGCAAGCAAGCAUGCUCUCCUCCAUCACACUGCGGUGUACUAUAUGCUCUCGGCCCCUCACUCUUCGCACCAUCAUCGCUCAAACCAAACACUUUUCUUCCUCAAUUUCGUCUAUUCAUUAUCCACAAAUACCAAACCAGUGGUCAGGUCUGCAGAAUUGGAGACAGGGGACUCUGAACCACGACCGUUUUUGGGGGCCCAAUGGUCCGGAUGUCGAGCCGCAGCCGCCGUUACCGGGAAACUCUGAGUUCGGGUCAGGAUCUUCUCUGGCUGAAAUUGGUGCCGCGGUUCUCUCCACUGCCGACCCUCUCAAGAAAUCAACGCUUUCCCACUUGGGUUAUUGUAGGUGGCGUGAAAAGGGAUUGCCCAUUGGAGUCUUUCAACCGCCGGCUAAGCCUGCCAGGCCUCCUAUUCCCAAACUGGUUUCACCAAAGGAAAUCCCAUCUCACAAACACUUGGGGUUACCUCUUAAUGCCUAUAUGCUUCAUAAUCUUGCUCAUGUGGAGUUAAAUGCUAUUGAUUUGGCAUGGGACACCGUUGUUCGUUUUUCACCAUAUCGUGAGCUCCUCGGUGAGGGAUUCUUUGCUGAUUUUGCUCAUGUGGCUGAUGACGAGAGUCGCCAUUUUGCUUGGUGUUCACAGAGAUUAGCCGAGCUAGGAUUCAGCUAUGGUGACAUGCCUGCUCAUAAUCUGCUAUGGAGGGAAUGUGAUAAGACAUCCGAUGAUGUUGCUGCCCGCCUCGCAGCAAUCCCGCUAGUCCAGGAGGCUAGAGGCCUUGAUGCUGGCCCUCGACUAGUGCAAAGACUAAUCGGCUUUGGAGAUCAUAGGACUGCCGACAUUGUGGCCAGAAUUGCAGAUGAAGAAGUAGCGCAUGUAGCAGUUGGUGUCUCUUGGUUUUUACAUGUUUGUCAUAAAAUGGACCGCCCCCCUUCCUCUGCUUUUAAAGGGUUGUUGAAGGAGUAUGAUGUGGAGUUGAAAGGACCAUUCAACUAUACCGCUAGAGAUGAAGCCGGGAUCCCAAGGGAAUGGUACGAUCCUCUACCAUCGAAGAAAGACGAUGACAAAAACCAGCUUUCUGAGGUCUAUGACAGACUGGCUUGCAUAAUUUCUAUGGAAAAGGAGAACUCUAGCAUGCAAAGAAUAAGAUUUGAAAAUUUGUCAGUCCACAAAAAACAGCAUUUUGCUUCUUUAUAAAUUCAACAGAAGCAAGCUAAGCAAGCAAAGGUGAAGAGGGAAGAUGGGAGAAGUUGAAGUGAUAUCAAAAUGCUUAGUUGGAGCAGCAGCCAUGGCGGAAGGAGAUGAUAAUGGCGCCCC